AUGUCAUCACAGUUCGACCCGAAAUUUGAUGAGCUCCAAUGGGUCAUUCAGAUCCGUCGUACCCUCGAAGAAGAUCAGCUUGAUGAUCAGGAAUAUUCCGGCGAACUCCCCGUUUGCAUUUUCAACGUCCCCAAAGCUCUUCUCUCCACUCAUCCAGAUUCUUACACUCCACAGCAAGUUUCUCUCGGCCCUUACCACUAUUGGCGCCCGGAGCUCUUUGAGAUGGAAAGGUAUAAGCUAGCAGCAGCAAAAACCACCCAAAAACAUUUCCAAACCCUCAAGUUCCAUAAUCUCGUUGACCAAUUGAUAAAGGUUGAGCCAAGGAUCCGAGCUUGCUAUCACAAGUACUUGCAUUUCAAUGGCGAAACGUUGGCGUGGAUGAUGGCCAUUGAUGCGUCUUUCUUGCUUCGGUUCCUUCAAUUCUACGCCACCAAAGAAGGAAUUAGAGCUUCCUCUAGGAUGUCACACUUGGUCGACAAUGCAAUUCUUAGAGACAUGAUAAUGCUGGAGAAUCAAAUUCCUUUGUUUGUAUUGAGGAAGAUAUUAGAAUUCCAAUUCUCUUCACUAGAGUCUGCAAAUGAUACGUUGUUUUCAAUUUUAAUUGGGUUUUGCAAAGAGCUUUCACCCUUCAAGCUGAUCAUAAUCAUGGAAGCUUCAGAAAGCGCGCACUUGCUAGACCUUUUGUACAACAUGAUCGUGCCCAAAAUUGAAGAACCGUCGGAAAUUAUCGAACUUGACGUGCAUGGCAAGGAAACAUCUUCUGCCGACUCAAGCUCUUACGUAAAAAAACUCCUGCAUGAGAUUUGGAAGCUAAUUUCAAAAUUAAACCGCGGCCCAGUUCGUUUUAUCAAGCAGGUAAUAAUAUCUAAAGCCGUAAAAUUCAUCCUAAAAUUUCCUCUGACAAUCCUCUCCAACCUCCCCGGAUUCGCAAUGUUAAAGCAACCCGUUGAGUAUUUGUUUUUCUCACAAGAUAGAGAAGAAUCCAGGCCGGAAAAUGACGUCAGCAGACCACCGCUGGUAGAGGAAAUCACAAUCCCUUCUGUAACUGAGCUCACAAGAGCCGGCUUCUGCUUCGCACCCACAAACGGCGGCGUCUCAACCGUUUCUUUUGACGUAAAAACCUCCACUUUUUACCUUCCCACCGUCACUCUAGAUGUUAACACGGAGGUGGUUUUGAGAAACUUGGUAGCGUACGAGGCUUCAAACGCAUCGGGGCCGUUGGUUUUUACGCGUUACACAGAAUUGAUGAACGGGAUUAUCGACACGGAGAAUGAUGUGAAAGCGCUUAGAGAAAGAGGGAUCAUUUUGAACCGUUUGAAGAGCGAUGGGGAGGUGGCGAGCCUGUGGAAUGGGAUGAGCAAGUCUAUCAGAUUGACGAAAGUGCCAUUUUUAGACAAGGUGAUUGAAGACGUGAACAAGUAUUACAGUGGGAAAUGGAGGGUUAAAGUUGGAAUAUUGUUGAAGGUUUACGUUUUUGACCCUUGGCAGUUUCUCGCAUUGCUCGCUGCAAUUUUGGUCUUGCUCUUGAUGACAUUGCAAGCGUUUUGCUCUAUUUAUAUUAACACUCGCGUCCUUCCAGUCAAGAGGACACGUACAGUGAUUUAA